CAUAAAAGUACCCCUGAAGCCAUGGGACCCCGGAUUUGGGGGGCGCCAAGCAUCACUCUGCCCAGCGUGUCGGAAUUCCGACAGCCAGCCACAUUGCAGAAUUCCUCGCCCACCAGUUCAAGCCGUGCCCGAGUCCUGCUGUCCUCCCACAAACAACGCUGUUACACCCCGAGACCCAUCAACCACCAAGUCCCCGAACCCGAGCACCUCUUCUCCGUUAUCAUGGACCCGCUGGCCUGCGGGAACUGCGGUAGGACCUACUCCACCGUGCCAACGCUUGCCCGUCACCGACUACGAUGUAAAUCACGGCCGAAGAGCCGAAAGAAGGCUUGCUCCGAGUGUGCGCGGUCCAAAGUGCGAUGCGACCAGGGAGUCCCGAGCUGUUCCCGAUGUGCUAUCCAUGGCCUGCCGUGCGUGUACCCCCACGAGGGCGGAUUGCAUCAGAUUGCUACACCCCCUAGCAAUGCAUCAGCUGUGACGCCCAGUGCGGUAUCCGCCCAUGUCCCCUUAACCCCUUCCUCAAUCCCGUCGCAGCCAAUUUGGACGUCCGUUGUCGACCAAGAACCGGAUCUGACUGCUCCGCUGAACCCAUUCUCCGAGCCAAAUUGGGUCCCAGACCUGCCGGAUGAUUGGAGGGAGCCGUUCUUCUUGUUCGAUCUUGGUCAGGGCGGUGCCGAGGUUUCUUCUGCCAACGUUUCGGCACCGAUGUCAACAGCCAGCAACUCUCAGGGAGACACACAGAGUUCCGAAGUCGAUAUUCUCCAGGAUUCAUCUGUCCACAUCACCGAUAAGUGGUCGACCGCCGAACAAGGUCUCGAUCUCAUCGACCGUGUGCUAAAGUCAUACGUGGAUGGUGUGGCCCAGGGGCUUCACCGGCCCCCCUUCAUCCACCACUGGAACUGGGACCACAACCGUCGCCCUUUGGUCCUUGCUGAAGCUACGGCAGUUGCGCAACUCUACGCCACCACAACACCACAAUCCGAUGCCGUUCUCUUGCGGUUCAUCAAUACGCAGCUGCUUUCGCUGCAACGAAACAUAACAACGCAACCGCGUGCCGAUGACAUAUCUAUGAUGCAAGCUACUCUUUUGUAUUCAAUGAUGCGCAUCUACCGGUCGGGGCCGAUGGCCUCGGAAUGCAUCGACAGAGUCCCGCUAAGGUUGUUGCAGCACGUCCUGAGCAAAAGCAUACAUUGCAUGACACCUCACACCAACGUCACACCAAACGACUGGGAAUCUUGGAUCCAAGACGAAAGCCUACGCAGAUGCUUCCUAACCCUCCACGCCCUCGACCACGUAACCCACGCACGCGCCGGCCUCCCCGGGGUAAUAUGCGCCCUCUUCCCAGCCUCCCCCCUCCCCUGCCCGCCCGACGUAUGGGAAGCGCCGACGGCCGAGGCCUGGGCGGUGCGGCACCGCGCGUGGGAGGCGCGCUGCGCGCCGGGCGGGCCAGUCCGGGCUGGGGAGGUGCUGGCUUGGGUGCGCGGCGAGGGGACGGAGAGGGAGGGGCUGUUUCGGGAGUGGUUCGUGCUGGCGGGGGAGGCGGUGGGUGGGUUGGUGUUGGAGUGUGCUAGGGCGCAGGCGAGGGUUGUUGGGGUGGAGGGGCUAGUUUGUUGA